CACCGUCGCGCUGCUGCGGGCGGGCCCCUCCCGCCGCCGGCACCGGGGACACGAUGCGUCCCCAAAGCCCCUGGGCCGCCGGCCCGGCAGCUCUGCUGCUCCUGGCGGGAAUCCUCGGCUCCGAGGCGCUGCAGAGCCCCCGGGGGAGGAAGAAGGUGGUUCAUGUCAUGGAGGGUGACAGCGGCGCCGUGGUGGUGCAGACGGCUCCGGGCAAGGUGGUGACGCACCGGGGCGGGACCAUCAUCCUGCCCUGCCGCUACCACUACGACGUGUCCGCCCACGACCCGGCCGAGAUCCGCCUCAAGUGGACCAAAGUGACGGAGCCCAUGGCCUUCGUGGACGUGUUCGUGGCGCUGGGCGAGGCCCGGCGGGCGUUCGGGCCCUACCGGGGGCGCACGGCCCUGCAGGAGGACGGGGCGGGCGACGCCUCCCUCAUCAUCCGCAACGUGACCCUGCAGGACUACGGGCGCUACGAGUGCGAGGUCACCAACGAGCUCGAGGACGACACCGGCGUGGUCAAGCUGGACCUCGAAGGCGUCAUCUUCCCGUACCACCCGCGCCUGGGCCGCUACACCCUCAACUUCCACGAGGCUCAGCAGGCGUGCCUGGAGCAGGACGGGAUCCUGGCGUCCCACGACCAGCUGCACCAGGCCUGGCUGGAGGGCAUGGACUGGUGCAACGCGGGCUGGCUGGAGGACGGCUCGGUGCAAUAUCCCAUCUCCCGGCCGCGGGAGGAGUGCGGCCGCAAGGACACGCCCGUGGGCGUGCGGAACUACGGCUACCGGCACAAGGAGAGCGAGCACUACGACGCCUUCUGCUUCACCUCCAACCUCAACGGCAAGGUUUACUUCCUGAAGACGUUCCGCAAGCUGAGCUACCCGGAGGCGGUGCAGGCCUGCAAGAACAACGGCGCGGCCGUGGCCAAGGUGGGGCAGCUGUACGCGGCCUGGAAGAUCCAGCUGCUGGACCGCUGCGAGGCGGGCUGGCUGGAGGACGGCAGCAUCCGCUACCCCAUCGUCAACCCCCGCGCCCGCUGCGGCGGCCGCGAGCCCGGCGUGCGCAACCUGGGCUUCCCCGACAAGAAGUACAAGCUCUUCGGGGUCUACUGCUUCAAAAAGGCCGGGGACGCACCCCCGGAGAAGGCGGCGGCGGCGGGCGGAGGGGGGGGACACCCCAACCGCGUGUGAGGGAAGUAUCUCCCCCAGGUUUGGCCGGGGAAAGCCUCCCCCCCCAAAAAAUUGCGCCCUCGGUUUGUUGCUGGGCUCCACGGGGGUCCCGGCGGAGCUGCGGGCAGCCCCCGCCUCGGGGCCGGAGAGGCGGAGCCCGGUGGGACCCUCGGGGGGAAAAACUUGAGGCAGAGGGAGGGGAAGGAUUUUGGGAGCGCUGCCGGGAGCCCGGGCCCGGGGCUGGCUCCCCGCUCGUCGCAGCUCUUGCUUCUCGACCUGCCUGUUGCAUGUGCUAAAGGCCCAUCAGAGCCUCCAUCCUC